AUGGCGACCGACAACAGGUGGAACGCGGGCAGGCGACGCGUCUUUCAAUCCGUCUUCCGGACCUCCAUCUCACAGCCUACGCCCUACUCCACCCCCUCGGCGCGCUUCCCCGAGAAGGGCCAGCCGUUCGGUGGUCCGCCGGUUCGCGAGCCACGGAACUGGUCCGGGGCUCCAUCACCGGACUUUACAGCCUCGUCAUCCUCGCCAGAGAGUCGCAUGGUAUCAGACCAGACGCGUUAUGACAGGUCCUGGCACGAGGUCACAUCCCGUAUCGCCCUCCCGGCCUCGGUCACCGUCGAGGACUCGUUUGGGCCGCCUCCCGACUCUCAAGAUGCCCUAGACGAAGACUUUGAUGAAGCUCUACGCAAUGUCCUGGAUCCAGCCUUUCGCCUGCCACAUGCCACCUUCAUAGAAGAUAUUCUGACCUGGCAUACGCAGCAGGUCAGGCUGCAUUUUGUGAACCACGUGCUGGCUCUCCUGACCGUCUGUGAUGGCUACGCCGAUCAGACUCAGGUGCUGUUGGGGAGCAUGCGAACCCUCGAGGCUGCCAACAGGCUCUAUCACUAUGGCCUAUCCGUCAUCAUUCGGCCAUUGCCCCAGGACCAAGCAGACCGCUAUCUCACAAAGUUUCGACGAGAUCUACACGCCCUCGUGGCCAACUCCAUGUCGGAACCGCUCACGGACGCGCUGAGGAAUGUUCUCGGUCGGCUCAUGGCUAUUGUCCUGGGUGUUGAUGUACAGGCAUCCAAGACAUCGUCAAAUCAGGUUGACGAUGCCAGGAACGAGAUAUUGCAGCUGGUGGAAUCUCUGUCCAAGUUAGGUUUGACCGGAGAGAGGUUUCAAGUCCUCUUUGCCGAGCUUCUUGACAGGAUCAUGGAGGCAUAUAUCAUUCGAACCUAUGCCGGCAAGUGGAAGUCUGAUCGAGAUAUUGGUUCGACGACAUCAGCAGACGGCCAAACUCAAAACCGGCCCUAUUGCAUCAGAGAGCUAUCGAAUUGGAUCGAGAAGGAUUUCGCCUGCCUCGCAGUGGAAGUCACCUUUCACUUGGGUGAUGUGCAACUCGCAUGGACCGAAAUCGAUUCGUGGAAGAGCAUGGCAAUUGCGCGGUUGGCAAAUUUAAGAAUUAGCGAGUUAUUCGACAUGGUCAUCAAUUGGCCACAUAGCGAGGGCGGUAUCAAUGAUUUGCGUUACACUGUCACUACAUCGGUGCGACGUCUUCGACUAACUGAUGUAUUCUCUUCUGACUUGGAGAAGCGGCUCCUACACCCGGGUCGGUCGACACUGGACAUUCUUCGCACAUAUAUAUCCAUGAUCAAGGCAUUUCAAAAGCUCGAUCACUCCAGAGUGCUUCUCGAUCGCGUCGCGUCUCGACUUCAGCUAUAUCUUUGUACACGUGAGGAUACAGUUCGAAUCAUUGUCACAAGCUUGUUGACGAGCCCCAAAGAUGCCAAUGACGAGGCACGCAAGACGAAAUUGGUCGAACUCGUGGAGUUGAUGCAGGAUCCAGACCAAAGUCGUCUGGAUCGCCAUCAGGACGAGUGGGACGAUCUCUCCUGGGUGCCUGCGCCUGUGGACGCAGGCUCAAAUUAUAGAGGACGAAAAUCAGAAGACGUGAUCGGAACUCUCAUUGGCGCAGUAGGAACACCCGACGUCUUUAUCAAGGAAUUCCAAGCCAUUGUUGCGGAACAGCUGCUCUCGGAACGCGAUGGAUUCGAACAGGAAGCGGCUGUCCUGGCUCUGCUGAAGAAGCGUUUUGGAGAGUCCGCUUUGCAGGCUUGCGAUGUCAUGCUCAAGGAUAUUCAAGAUUCUAAGAGACUGAAUAACGUAAUAUACCGUGGCGCUAUGAACAAUACGGAAAAGGCCAAGCUGGAAUGGACUACCCGCACAAAGAUUCUUUCGAGGCUUUUCUGGCCCGACAUGGGAGAGGAACGUUUCGUCGUACCCAAGAGCGUGGCUGUGAUGCAGCAGGCCUAUGAGGAUCGCUUCGAGCAUCUGAAGCCGUCGAGGAAGCUGAAAUGGCUGAACCACCUUGGCCAGGCUACGGUUGAGCUGGAAUUCCAAGACCGCACCAUAUCAGAAGAUGUUCGUACCUACGAAGCGGCUAUUAUCGAUGCUUUUGGCGAGCCUUCCAAGUGGGCAUUUGAGGAUCUAUGGCUUCACCUUCAGAUGGACGAAGACCUCUUAACUGCAGGUCUACAGUUCUGGGUGGAUAAGAAAGUUCUGCGGAAGCUUCCCGGAGAUGAGUACGUGGUAAUUGAGCGCCUCGAAGAUGCAGAGCAGCACAUGGCAUCUGUAGCACAACAGUCGGGCGCGAACACGGCAGCCUCGGCCGAUGGCAGCGCAACCAGCCCGCGCAAGGCCAAAUCCGGUAUGAGCGAAAAGGAAAAAGCACAACGGCAAGUCUACUGGCAGUUUAUUGUAGGCAUGCUUACCAACUCCAUGUCCCAAAUGCCGCUCGGCCAAAUCUCCAUGAUGAUGAAGAUGUUGAUUGCCGACGGGUUCCCGUGGAGUAACGAGGAGCUCCAGGAGUUCCUUGGUGACAAGGUGGCUGACGGGGAGCUGGAGCUCACUGGCGGCAAGUACAAGUUGGUGAAGAAGUAG